AUGUCUAUUAAGCAAAUAUCUCUGGACGACCAGAGGCUAAUGUCGUCGUCGCAAACAACACUGUCAUCACCAUCUCCAAAGCUGGACACGCACGAUGCGCUUAGAUAUAUCUGGCUGUGUUGGCGCUAUUUAGGAAUGCUCCCGUUCAUGCAGAGCAGCUACAUCUACUAUGCAUACUCGGUGCUAAUAAUUUUUUACGGCGCCAUACUCUUUCCGCUGUUUUACGUGAUAUCGUUAUUUGUGCAUAUCGACUUUGCUGAUAGGCUUGCCAAUCUUAGUGUGGCGCUGCCUUUGCUCUACACCACAGCAAAGCAGGCAAUUAUAUUUUACUACAUUCAAGGUGAUUUGCAAAAAGCCGCUCAUCACCUACACGCUAUGGACAGACGUGCCGAGGGGCAUAUAGAAGAUUGCGCUUACCUUAAGCGUACAGUUCGCUAUUGUCACCGAAUAUUUAUUGUAAAUUAUGCUGGAUUUUGGUUGGCUUUACUCGUUUAUGGGCUACUCGGCGUGAUGAGUCACAAAUUACCCUUUGAAGGUUGGUUGCCCUUCGAUUGGCAGCACUCGCGAGGCGCUUAUACAUUAGCGUGUACUCUGCAAAUGUUCUGCUUUUGUUCGCAAGUAACGAAUGCCGUGUGCAUUGACACCUACUCGGUUACAUAUUUAGCAUUGCUGGUGGCUCAUUUGCGUGUCUUAAAUGCACGCAUUGAACGCAUUGGAAACUGCAAUACGCGCACCGAGACGGACCUCUAUGGGGAACUAAUCGCUUGCGUGCAAGAUCACCGGGAAUGUAUGUGCUACUACAAUUGCAUACGUCCCGCUAUUUCCGGCACACUUUUCGUACAGUUUCUCAGCACCGCCUUGGGACUUUGCGCACCCGCCAUUGCUUUUGUUGGUGGCGACUUCGACUUAUUUCAGUUGUUGAAAUUUAUAAUUUUCUUUUUUGCUAUCAUAAUUGAAGUGGCGCCCUGUUGUUGGUUUAUGGAUGAAGUAAUGGCGGAAAUGCGCCAAUUGACCACAGCCCUGUUUUCGUGUUCUUGGUAUGAACAGAGCCCAAGAUUUCGUCGUGAUUUGAUAAUUUUCAUGCAACGUUCACAAAAAGAGGAUAAAAUUAUUGCUGGCAACAUCACGGCAGUAUCCCUAGAGACUUUUAGAAGUGUGAGUGAGAAUUUAUGUUAA